AUGGCCGCUGAACCCACUACCGAACCCACCCACCCCCUCCCCGAGGAACGGAAAGAGGAAUUCGAGGAAGGCGAGGAAAGCGACGAAUACGAUAUCGAUGAGGAAGACUCCUAUGAGCUGAACGAGGGAGAAAUCGAAGGGGAGGAAGAGGAGGAGGAAGAUGGGGAAUAUGAUGAGGACGACGUGGUCCAAGUGGAUCAACCUAAUAAAAAUUUGACCGCCCUCCUUCUCGGAAAUGGUGUCCCCCACGAUGUGGACGAAGACGAGGACGAUGAAGACGAUGAAGAGGAAGAGUACUACGGCGAGGAUGCUGGCACGGAAGAGAACCCCAUCGAGUUCCCGUCCAACAACGACUCGAAACCAGUCAAUGCGGGUACCAAGCGCAGUGCACAGUUCGACGAGGAAGAGGAUGAUGAAGAGGACGAAGAAAGUGCCCCCAAGAAGGUCAAGGUAUAG